AUGCAAUCGACCAACCCUUCAAGUCCUCUAAAACCGUCUACCUCUACUCCAAGUAAAUCCAUCGGACCCUAUCGCACUAUUAUUACUACCUAUGCUCCAUUUACCACUCUUCGAAAGAAUUCCAAGGCCGAAGAUUCUCCCAUCAAAAAGGUGAAGCCCUUCCAUGACGAUAAAUUGAUUAAAUCCACUAAAUUAAUUAAGCCCAAUCGAGAAUUGAGUAAAAGCUACUCUAAAAGUUCUGAUAAAAUUAUCGUUAAGGAUGUUAAAGAUGAAUCCUAAUAUAUAGGUUCUUAUAAUGGAAAAGUGAGAGAAGGAUUCGGCAAAUUGUUUAAUGCAUAAGGCAUCUUGGUGUAUGAGGGAUAAUGGUUUAAUGAUCAAUAGCAUGGCAAUGGAAUUCUGUAUAAUCAUGACGUAAAUGCUUAAUUCACCAAAUAUGUUGGACAAUUCUAAUUUGGAUAUAAAUAUGGAGCUGCCAUUGAGUAUUACAGAGACGGUUCUAUGUAUGUCGGUAAUUUUGAAUCCAAUUGUCGAAACGGAAUGGGAUAACUAACCAAAAAAAAUGGAGAAAAGCUUAAUGGAUUAUGGUUAAAGGGUAUAUUGAUUUCUAGAAUAUGA